CCCGCAUGUCCGGGAUAGGCGGCUCCCAAGCCCGAGGGCGCCUCUGCCGUCUGCAGCGCGUACAGGGGCCGCUGGAAGCUAGGCGUCGAGGGGGCACCGUCCACCCACAGGAAGCGCUGGAGAGACAUGCCCGGAGUCUGAGGGCCGGGAGGAGCAUCGGUACUCGAUGGAUCCCAAAGAUCUGUUAAAGCCACCCAAUGGAGCUCAGGCUGUGAAGAGCGCACAUUACAGUGACAAGACGGGGAACGUGAUUGACUUAUUUACAAACUACAGAGGUGGAGCCUGUGUGAACAUCUCCACAUCUUGUGCAAUUCCACCUGCUGCACUGCCAGACACAAGACAGCCACCGCCUCAGCAGCAGCAACUGGCUCCAACUGUGGACCCGGCCAAUGGUCUGGCCAAUGUCCCUCAGCCAGACCUUUCCAAGGCAGUCUCACUCUCAAUGGGACUCUACAUGGGGGAGCCAGACACAAAAGUAAUGGGCAACGAACUUGGUUAUACUCAGCAAGCUCCACUCGGAGUCCCUGCAGCAGAAACAGAUUUCAGACUUUUGGAAGAGAGCAUUGCCAGUCUUCAGGCAAAGCCACCUGCAACAGAGAGAGUGCCAGAAGGCCUUGGAGAUAAAGGAGGCAACAAAUGUGACAUGUCUACCCAAGCAAGUCCUUCUGCACAGGGUCAGGGGGGCAGCAUUGGGAGCAGCGUUGCCAAGUUGUAUUCCAAAGACCAAAGCACCUUUGACCUUUUACAAGAUCUAGACCUGCCCCCAGAUUCGCCCAGGGAUAGUAAGGGCAGUCCAUGGGCAUUGGACCCUAUCUUUGAAGAUGACGCAGCUGGCUUGCUUUCUCCUUUGACCACUGAUGAUGAAUUUCUUUUGAGGUCUGGUAUAGUAAAUGAGGACAGCAAACCUCUCUUUAUGCAGGAUUUUACACCCAAAGCAGAGGACUUACUACUGCCCAACCCUGAAAUCCAGUUGUCUCAAGUGAAGACUGAAAAAGAAGACUUUAUAGAGCUGUGUACCCCAGGGGUGAUAAAGCAGGAAAAGUUUAGCCCUGUUUAUUGUGGUGCCCAUUUCUCUGGAUCUGGCCUAUUCGGUAACAAAACAUCAGCAAUUUCUGUACACGGCGUCAGCACAUCAGGGGGACAAAUGUACCACUAUGACUUGAACACUUCCUCCAUCUCUCAGAAACAGCAGGAUCAGAAGCCUGUUUUUGCUCUGGGCACACCUCUGUCCACCAUUUCAGAUUCUUGGAAUAGGUGCCAUGGGACUGGGGAUGACAGUACCCCAGGGAGUAUAAAUUAUCCCGGCCGGUCUGCCUUUUCAAACGGCUACCCAAGCAGUGCUCUGCCAUUAAACACUAGAAGGAUGCUACCAUCAAAUUAUUAUCUAUCAGCAGCCUAUAUCCCUGGAAUGAGAUCUGAUGUGAGCCCUUCUCCGUCCAGCUCAUCUACUAGCACCGGGCCACCUCCAAAACUCUGUUUGGUGUGUUCAGAUGAAGCAUCUGGGUGUCAUUAUGGAGUAUUGACCUGUGGCAGCUGCAAAGUAUUCUUUAAAAGAGCAGUAGAAGGUCAGCACAAUUACCUUUGCGCUGGAAGAAAUGAUUGUAUCAUUGACAAAAUAAGGAGGAAAAACUGCCCAGCCUGCAGAUAUCGGAAGUGUCUCCAAGCUGGAAUGAAUCUAGAAGCACGUAAAACAAAGAAGAAAAUAAAAGGAAUCCAGCAGUCGAAUGUAACAGCAGUGCGCGAACUUCCUGAAAGUUCAAUGAACAAGACCAUUGUUCCAGCCUCUGUAGCACAACUUACACCCACCCUCAUCUCCUUACUGGAGGCUAUUGAGCCUGAGAUUUUGUAUUCAGGAUAUGACGGCACCGUACCUGAAACAGCAUGGAGACUCAUGUCGUCACUGAAUAUGCUAGGGGGUCGCCAAGUAGUAUCUGUUGUGAAAUGGGCAAAGGCUAUACCCGGUUUCAGAAAUCUGCACCUGGAUGACCAAAUGACCCUCCUACAGUACUCCUGGAUGUUUCUCAUGGUGUUUGCCCUCGGAUGGAGGUCUUACAAACAAUCCAAUGGGAAGGUGCUAUAUUUUGCACCAGAUCUUGUCAUUGAUGAGGAAAGGAUGCACUUACCCUACAUGCAAGAGCGAUUUCAAGACAUGUUCAGAAUUGUCAGUGAAAUGACUCGCCUACAGGUUUCAUAUGACGAAUAUCUGUGCAUGAAAACGUUGUUGCUUCUGUGUACUAUUCCUAAGGAUGGCCUGAAAAGCCAUGCACUAUUUGAGGAAAUCCGCAUGACCUAUAUUAAAGAACUUGGAAAAGCCAUAGUAAAGAGGGAAGGAAAUUCCAGUCAAAACUGGCAACGAUUUUACCAACUGACAAAGCUCAUGGAUACAAUGCAUGAGGUGGUUGAAAAUCUUCUAGCCUUUUGCUUCUAUUCUUUUACGGACAAAUCGCUGAGUGUUGAAUUUCCGGAGAUGUUGUCUGAAAUUAUCAGCAAUCAGAUACCAAAAUAUUCGUCUGGAAAUAUCCGAAAACUUUUAUUUCAUCAGAAGUGACUGCAUUACUAAAAUCUUAUAUAUAAAUAUAUAUAUAUAAAUAUAUAAAUACAUAAACAUAAAAAGUUGCCUUAAGGAAAGAAUAAGUCAAAUUAUAGCUUUUACUGUAUUAAAAAAAAAAGAAAAAAAAAGAAAUCUGACGUGGUAAUUGUCCUUAAAACGGUGUACCUAAUGUGAUUAUGCACUACAGUUCAUGUGGUUUACAGAGGGCCAAGAUUUGGACUAUGGAAAUGAGAAGAAUAAAAGAUCAUUAAACCAGAGGCUCCAUUCUGAACAUUCUGGUAAUAUCCUUAAGUUGGAUGGAAGUUGUGCUACAUUUUUAUCAUUGUUUUAUUCUCCUGUCAGGUGUUUUUGCUUGUUUUUUUCCUUUCUCCCAUGGGGAAAAAUAAGAAUUUGAUUUCUGCAUGUAACCUGCUGAAUGUUUACAAGUGAAUAUCAGAAAAGGGAAGUUGUGCCUUUUAAGCUACUGUUUGGAUCUAGCGUUUUCUCAGUUUUUACAGAUGAACUGACUUUAGUUUUUUCUUACAUCAUCUUUUUCCUAUUCUUUCAAGAAUCCUGUUUUACAGAUGUGGUCCUUUUUUAAGACUGGGGCAGCUCACAGCUUUCCUAACACAAAUAAAAUGUAACAGUCUUACACAGUCUGCCUUUUAUAACUAUUUUCACCAUGUUGGCCACUUGGCUUUUUCAACUACUCUCCCAAACUAAGGUCAGAGUUGUAUGGCCAAAAACAUUUAUUUUUUAUGAAGUUGAUGGUCUGAAUCACGUACAAUUCUUUUGUUUUAUUUUUUAUUUUUUUGCAAAUAGUGUACCAGUUGUUAGUUCCAACUAGGAGUGUUUCUCCUGGGAUCUGGUUCAUAUUCCCUACAACACUGUGCAGGUUCGAGCCUUGCCGUGGCAGGAACUGACUGCACGGUUGUUCUUAAAUGGAUUAGUUCCCAUCGAUCAUGUGCCAUAAUUGCUCAGAGAUGCAAUGGUAGAAGCUGCUGUAGCCAUUUCAAAGCUUGCCUAUAUGUAUGCCUGUAUUUGUAAAAAAUAAAAAUACAAAAAAAAAAAAAACUAAAGAAAACAAUAAAAAAAAAUAGCCAUUCACAAGAAUUUUUUUUAAUCAGAUAAAACUAUGAUUUACUUUAUCAGGGUCACUACAAAGCCACUUUACUGCAGGGUCAUAAAAAAAAAAACUGUUUAAUGUGGUAAAAAAAAAUCAUCAAGCUACAUUACUUUGUAUAAAUUGUUAACUAACUUUAUAUUUAUACUUUUUACAGAUGUAUGCCAUAUUGGUAUAAUUGGAAAUGUAGACAGAAAAUGAAAGGGCUACUGCAGCUUGAAUAACUCUUUGGUCUAUCGCUUUAUCUAAUGUACAGAAACAAGUCCUAUUGGGUUCAGGACAAGGCACUCAGUUAACCAGCUAAUUCCAGAUGGAAAGAGGCAUGGUGGUAAUUCAGAAUGCAGAAGGUGUAUGACAUUAACAAGCUUUGAUAGUUUUGAUAGUGCUGAUGUUUUAUUGUGUGAUUUUUGCUUCUGAAAAAGAAAAAAACUGGAUAAGCACUUCGGUGAAUCGAGUCUUUUCUCUGCAUUUCUCUUUUGUACUACUUAAUAUAUGCUAUAAUCUGCAAUAGCGUUCAGGCCUUAUUGUAUUUAGGCCUAAAAUUUUACAGGAUGAAUUUUUUGUCUCUAAUGUCAUCCUACAACAGCAUUGAAUGACAUAACAAAUGUCUGCUCAAAUGUCAGUGACGAGAAUCCAUUAGUUUGUGCGUAACUAAAUCCUCACAUUUUACAACUUUUUAAAGUUUUAAUAAAUGGGAAAUUUUCAUAUUUGUUUUUAGAAACUUUUUCAGGAUUCAGAGACAAAUCUGUGACUAUUAUUUUUGUCAAGGAGAAUAAAAAAUAGUACAAGCGCAAUCAAAUUCUGUGCUAUGAAGCUUUAGGAAAGCAAAUCAGUGUAAUUUCUCAGGAUUUCUCUGGCAUAGUCCCACCACCUCCCACUGCUCUACCUCCUAGGUCUAUAGUUGAAAUCUGCACCUAUAAAAGGAUCACCCUAUUUCCCAGUGAUAUCUGUGAAUCUUGUCCAUCAUUCCCCAGAAGACAGUAUUGAAAACACUUAUUCUCUCAUCUAAAAUGGCAGUGUUAAGAUGGAGAAUUGUGUUAAUAGGACACACACCCAACCCCUCACUGUACCAAAAGGUUUAUGUUAGUGUCAGAUUGUUGAAUGUCAGGCAGACACUUGUCGGCUAACUAUAGAGAUAGCGAUUCUCUUUCCUUGACAAAUUUAUCUAUAAUACCCCACCCCUGGUGGCUUAUUUGUAUGUGGUGUAAAUAGCCUAAUGUAUUGUGAUGUCCAUAUUUCUGUAGUGCAUAAUUUAGUUACCGUUAGUGUUGAAGUUUAUUUUCUCUUUCUCCUUAAACCUUUUUAUAUGUUUUGAAAUCUUCAAUGCCUUAAGAGUUUAGUGUCAGUUUAUCAGCUGUUUCCAGGGAAUAAGUCUCAAUCUAUUAGUUGCACCAGUGGCUGUUGGGGAGCAUUCACACUAAAGUUAUAAAAAAGAAACUGCAACAACGACGACAUGUGGAAAUACAGCCUUGGUCUUUUAAGAGCUAUUACCUAAAACCGAUCGAUGUUGUGUAGUCAUUUAUAUCUACUGAACCUACCUAGCUAGCCAUUCUUUGCUUUCCAGAGGGCACUGUAUAAUACCAAAUCUUGCACAAGAUGUGCCUAGUUCAGGGUAACUGUAUAUUGCUAGAGUGCUUUAUUUGAUAAUGUGACAAAGCCUAUUAUGUAGACAUAAUUCACAUAUGAUGUGACUGGAUAAUUUAUAAACCUAAUUUCCAUGUUGUAGGGUGUAAUAAACAGUGCUAUGCCUACCAAUAUAAAGAGAUGAGAGCGGCAUAGAUUUUAUGUACCCCUUCAGAGAGACCUCAUACCAUGGGCAGAGCAGUUGCUUGUAGCAAAUAGUCUGAUUACCCUUUUCUUUUCUAACCUGUUCUGGAAGUACUAAAAGCCAUUUUUGCUCUGGGCAGUAACUCCACCUUUUGUCUACAUUUUAUAUAUGAGGCCCCAUUAUAUACCAUGCCAUGUGGGCUUCUAAAUGGUCAUUGCAUUUAAAGAGCCCCUUGACAUUUUGUUAUCAAAGUUUUAUGAUAUAAAAUAAAGUAAGUAAUACAUUAUGAAUCCCCUGCUGCUUUUGUGCUUCUGCUUCUUGGGUCCCUCACUGGUCUAUGUAUCCUAGCCUCCAUUGAUGAUGGUUUGUCUUGGACAUUGAUUGGCUACAACAGUCACAUGCUUACUUUAAAACAUCAUCACUUGAGACUAGGAUACAGAAACUGGCAAUCGGCCCCAGCAAUUAACAACAUGGAAGCUGUGGAGGAUUAGUAAGAUUUAUUAAAAUAUUAUUAAAAUAAAUGCUCAGAUUUACAAAUCUUUAAAGAUAGUGUAAGCUUACACGUGCUGUCUAGACCAUGACAGGAGUAAUCACACAGGCUCAGGCUGGAUGAUAAAUCUGGUGCAGGAAUAGACCCUUUUCUCUGAUUCUAUACCAACUAUUAGCUGGCUUACUUUGAGACAGAUUUUUAAGCCAAAAUUAUGUCACAUCUUCGCUCCCCCUUUCCCUCUAAAUCUCCAUUUUCAUACAUGUUAGGUAAAUGUGUAGAAACCCUAGAUGCACCAUGAAUCUGCUUUGCAAAGGUUGAAAAUUGCUACAUGCAAAUAGGGCUGUGAAGACAUAGGUUAGUUAUAAAUUUAUAAAUAAGCCACAUAUAAUUAUAUGGUGUUGCCUUUGCAUUAGAUUCAGAGUUACAGAAGGAGGUUAAAGAACCUAAAAGAAAGAGGCCAAGUCAAUGAAAUGAAGGUCUGAGGUCCAGUUCACAAUUCAGUGGUUUGGUCGGUGAGUUCCAUCUGUGAAUGGGAAAACUAGAAGACCAAAUUACUGGAGUGUGAACUAGGCCGGAGUCUGUAGUUUGAUAGGUUCUUUAAUCUUGUGAAAUAACCUCUCAUCACACCCCUCUGAACAGCUGUAGUAGAUGAUCUCAACAUUUAUAGAUGAUCACUUAUUCUCCAUCUCCAUUCUUUAAAGGGGCUGUAUGAUAUUAGAUGUAUCAUUUUGGUGUAAAUGGUACUGCAGCUCAGACACAUUCACUUGAAUGCACCUGACCUGCAAUACCAGACAUAGUACAGGGACAAGAGUAGUGAUGUGUCUCUGGAAGGAACCAGAGAUGUUGUGUAUUAUUAUUUUUUUUUUUUUUUAGUUUUUCAUAAAUUCAUUUGUAGUUGUGUAUGUAUAUAAAGUUUGUCACAUUGCCUCUGUAGCUGAGAAACUUUGGGGAGGGAGUGUAAAAUUGCUUUAGUGUAA